AUGGCAGCGGUGCACAUAGUUGGGGACCAGCUUGGUUGGCGACCACAUGUUAACUAUUACAGCUGGGUUCGUAGCAGGUCCAUUAAGCUAGGCGACACUUUGGUGUUCAACUAUGAUGCUACUAAAGAUUAUAGUGUGGCGGAGGUGACGCAGUUCAAGUUCAUCGCUUGCAAUGCAAGUAAUGCUAAAUUCUUCGACAACAGCGGGACCAGCUCCGUCACUCUCACAGAGCCUGGCCAACAUUACUUUAUGGCUCAAAACCAUUGUUUGGAUGAUCAAAUGGUUUUUUCAGUGCUUGUUUGA